AUGGAUCUAAGUCAACGCUUGCAGACUCUGGCUACAUUGGAUGCCGAUUCGGCAAGGCUGUUGCAAGCAGAAUUGGUCGAUGGAUCUGACACUACUUUGCAAGAACUGGCAGCUCAAGAAUUCACCUCUCGUCGAGAAGAGAUAAGGUCGCUGGAGAAUCGGAUAAUGGAGCUACUGCUGCCACCCGACCCAACAGCACAAUACAGUGCAGUUCGCCUGCAGUUAAUCGCGGGAGCUGGAGGUCUAGAGGCAGCAAUGUUCGCGCGUGACCUCUUCACCAUGUACGCAGCGUAUGCGCGCUACUGCGGCUGGCAGUUCGCGUCUGAUGACGACGGCGGAGCGACGGGGGCCGCCGUUGGCGCAGAUAGUCCGAUUCACCACGUGGAGGUUCGCGUGGAGUCUUCAGACCCCGUAGAUCCUGUGUACCCUCGUCUACGAUGGGAGGCCGGUGUGCACCGCGUUCAGCGUGUACCGCUCACUAGCAAACUGAACAAGAUACACACCAGCACUGUCGCUGUCACUAUACUCCCGGUCAUUGACGAGGCGGAGGUGGAGUUAGACCCAGAGGACCUGGAAUGGGAGGUGUUCCGUGCCUCCGGUGCUGGAGGUCAACACGUGAACAAGACAGAAAGCGCAGUGCGUGUGCGUCAUCGGCCCACGGGGCACGUUGCUGCAUGUCAGGCUGACCGCUCCCAACACACCAACCGGGAGGCAGCGCUCAAAGCACUUAGAGCCAAGAUAGCAAACGAGGCGGCUAGACGGCAAGUGGAGACCGAGCAGGCCGAACGGCGUUCACAGAUGGGUUUGCUGGCUCGAUCGGAUCGCAUUCGCACCUACAACUACCAACAGGAUCGCAUCACCGACCACCGUCUCGGACGCUCCUGGAGUGGGUUGGCCACUUUCAUGCGUCAGGGCUUCCCCGUGCUAGACGAAACUGCACUCGCUCUUGACGAAGCCUAUAAACUUAAUGCCCUUGCUUCCCUUGAUAAGCCAUACUUUUUAUGCUGA